CAUAUCUCUGCGGUCGUAUAAAGCGUGUCACUGCGUGUCGUACUGUGUAUGCUUAUAUAUGUGACAGAUAAGAAUUUGAUUUUAUCUGAUAGCGUGAAAGUAACGUCAUUAGUGAUCUGAUUGUGUUUUACAUGCAGUAAUCAGUAGUGUAAUCAGAUUAUAAUUUUAAAGCAGUGAUUAGUAAUCUGUAGUGGAUUGCUUUUUUUUAGUGACUUACCCAACACUGGUAACGGGGUGUGUAAACUGUGUGUUAAUACACACGUAGAUUCUGGGGUGAAAAAAAGGAUUACGGAAUCAAAACGGAAGAACAGAAUCAGUUCUCUCUCUCUCUCUCUCUCUCUCUCUCUCUCUCUGCCAUACAUACAUAUUCUCUGUUGCUCUCUCUCUCUCUCUCUCUCUCUCACACACACACACACACACACACACACACACACACUCUCUCUCUCUCUGUCUCUGUUUCACUGAGCGUCAGUCCUCUCUCUCGGAUUUGGAUGCAGUCCCUGUGUGUGUGUGUGUGUGUCCAUCCUCCUGCUGUCUCCUUCUCUUUCACUCUCUCUCAGUGUGUGUGUGUGUGUGUGUGUGUGUGCAUGUGUGUGCAUGUGUGUGCUAGUGUGAUCGCUGCUGUCAGUGUGUUGUCGUUCACUGGACUGUUGAUCAGUGUGACUGGAGCUCGUUAUGACUACGGUGAAGGAAUCGAACGCUCAGGCGAAGACAGUGCAGCACCAAGACCAGGAGUUGGUGGGCAGUAACCAACCUCAGAGGAAUUGGAAGGGAAUACUGAUCGCUCUGCUGGUCAUCCUGUUCAUCUGCUCUCUGAUCGUCACUUCUGUUAUACUCCUGACACCAGGUGAGGAUGACAGCCUGGCUUUGAAGGGGAAACUGACGGUGGAGGACGUCUUUGGCAAGAACUUCAGAGUUCAUGAUCCCAAUGCUAAAUGGAUCAGCGGUAAGGAGCUCCUGUAUCGCACUCGUGAAGGUGAUGUGGUCAAGUUCAACAUGGAGACGAAUGAAAGUACAGUGUUGGUGCCCAACAGGAAGUUUGAAAUGUAUAAGGCCAGUGACUACGCACUUUCUCCAGACAUGAAGCAUGUGCUGCUUGCUUACAAUGUGCAGCCGAUUUAUCAGCACUCUUUCACUGCGUACUACAUCAUUUGUAGUUUGGAGUCCCCGGAAACGUGGAUUCUGAAUCCUCCAGAAGUGCGAAAUGCUCCUCUACAGUAUGCAGGAUGGGGACCACGUGGCCAGCAGCUGAUUUUCAUAUUUGAGAAUAAUAUCUACUACCGGGCCACCGUCGAGAGCCGAAUCAUCCGCCUGGUUUCCACCGGCAAGGAGGGCGUGAUAUUCAACGGCCUCACUGAUUGGCUGUAUGAGGAGGAGGUUUUCCAGUCCCACGUGGCACACUGGUGGUCUCCAGACGGGGCCCGGCUGGCGUACGCCACCAUCAACAACACUCUGGUGCCCAAGAUGGAGUUGCCCAUGUUCACUGGGUCACUAUACCCAACCGGCCGAGAGUACCACUACCCCAAAGCAGGAGAGGAGAACCCAGUGAUCUCUCUGUACGUGGUGAACCUGAACGGCCCUCUACAUACCAUCCAGAUGAGGAGACCAGAUGACCACAGGAUUGGGGAAUAUUAUAUAACAAUGGUGAAGUGGGCCACGAGCACGAAGCUGGCGGUGAACUGGUUGAACCGAGCGCAGAACAUUUCUAUCCUGACGCUGUGUGAAGCCACUACAGGAGUCUGUACCAAGAAACAUGAGGACGAGAGUGAGAGCUGGCUACACAGACAGAACGAAGCUCCGUUAUUCUCUAAAGACGGGAUGAAGACCUUCUUCACACGUGCUAUUCCUCAGGGGGGGCGGGGGAAAUUUUUCCACAUCUCCAUGGCUGUAUCACAGCCAAACAGCAGCUCAGACACUCUGCAGUCCAUCACAUCAGGAGACUGGGACGUCACUCACAUUCUCGCCUACAACGAGGACAGACAGCUAAUAUACUUCCUGAGCACAGAGGAUGAUCCUAAGCGACGACACCUGUACAGCGCCGACACGGUCGGACCUUUCAACCGCCGCUGCCUCUCCUGUGAUUUCACUGAUAGCUGUGGAUACGUGACUGGAUCCUUCAGCCACAACAUGGCCUUCUUCUUGCUCACCUGUAAAGGGCCUGGAGUCCCAUUUGUGUCUGUCUACAGCACCCAGGAGCGACAGAAGCUUUUGGACAUCGAGCUGAACCACAACCUCCAGCAGACGGUGGACUCCAUGCAGAUGCCCAGAGUCGAGUACCGAGAGAUAGACGUUGAGGAUUACGUUUUGGCGAUGCAGAUCCUGAAACCCGCCAGCUUUGUAGAUACAGCACACUACCCUCUACUGCUGCUCGUUGAUGGUACUCCAGGAAGUCAGUCCGUGUCUGAGCUGUUUCAGGUGGACUGGGCCAGCGUGUUGGUCAGCAGCUUUGGAGUGAUUGUUGUGCGGUGUGACGGGCGUGGCAGCGGCUUUCAGGGCACCAACCUUCUCCACACGGUGCAUCGCAGACUGGGCCGGCUCGAGGAGGAGGACCAGCUGAGGGCUCUCAGCAUAAUAGCAAAGGAGCCGUACAUCGACACAACCAGGAUUGGAGCCUUUGGACAGGUGUAUGGUGGAUACAUCACCAGCCUCCUGCUCAGCUCUGAGGCCUCGACACUCAAGUGUGGAGCUGUUCUCUCACCAAUCACUGACUUCCAGCUUUAUGCGUCUGCCUUUUCCGAGCGGUAUCUGGGCAUCUCAAAAACAGACAGACGAGCAUAUGAGAUGACCAAUCUUGCGUACCGAGCCUCUCAGUUUGUGGAUAAGAAGUUUUUGAUCAUUCAUCCGACUGCAGAUGAAAAAGUGCAUUUUCAGCACACGGCCAAAUUUAUCUCCAGGUUAAUCAGUGAGAAGGGGAACUACAGUCUACAGAUUUAUCCAGAUGAAGGUCACUUCCUCCACAGCGAGGCAACGAGGCAGCACCUCAGUCAAUCCCUGAUCAACUUUUUCGAAGAGUGCUUCAGGCAACCAGACAACAUUUUUGAAGAAGAUCUGGAAGAGGAGAGUGAAGACGAGGGUUAAUGCCCUAUUAUCACAACACAACACACCCCAAGCACAAAGCCAGCUCCUUUUACCAGACAAUAUGCAACCAGUCCAUUUAAGCCCUUUAUUUGUUUCUCUGUUUUCUCAU